UUGUUACACACUUAACAUACAGGUGUCUUUCAGAUUGUAAAAGGUAAUAGUCUUUUUCUGAUUUUAAUUUCAGAAAAUGUAUGCGUACCCCUUUUUUCAACGCCAAUCGGCAACAUCAAGCCGACUCCUCAUGGCGCCUUCGGCGGAGGCAAAGCGCCUUGAAAAUGUGGAGUCUGGAAGGGCCAAACCUAAGGAGGAGGUGCUGGCAGAGGCCAGUACUUUUGUCAGCACAAACGGUGGAGACCCCAGUGACCAGUUUUUAGUACUGGCUCACUGCAAACUUCAGUUUGGGAAGUACCAGGGUCAGAGAUUUAGAUGGCUCCUGGAAAACUCUCUGGGGUACGCAGUGUAUUUGGUGCUCAGCAUUUCCAAUGAGACAGCGCAGACAACCCCCCUGUCAGAAAAUAAACAACUGUUCCUACAGUACACUUCUCAAAUUAGAGAGAUGGCAGAAGAAGUGGAGAAAUAUCAGAGGAAGCAGGAAAUGCAAGCAGAAGCCCGGGCAACUGGAGACCAGGGCUGCUUGAUGGUGGAGUUUGGUGACUUCCAGGGCCGGUCCAUGAAGGAUGUUUAUGAGGACCAGAGCAAGGAGGCCCAAGCCCUCAUCAGGUACCUGGUUAAGGCAGAUGCCAGGCCCAAAACCAACAUGGCCAUUUUCAAGACAUAUGUCCUGAAAAGACGGGCUUCUGCUGUGGGCACCAGCGUACGUCAGCCUGCACCUCAUGCUGCAACCUCCAGUGCCUCUGCAACUGAACCUGCAGCUAUCCAAACUGGUGUACAGCAGACCGCCACUGUGAAAGCACUGUUGGCACGUGGCAAACAUUUGUCUCCUUCACAGUUGGCGAGAAAACUCAUGUCACCAGUUAAACACUAUCCAUUACUGCAGUCCACUUUACCUCCUCCAGCAGCAGAACCCCCAGCCAAACAUUUGGCCCGAAUGCAGCUUUUUGCUACUGGCACUUCCGUUCCCACUGUUGAAGAUGACGAUGAGGAGCUGGUAUUUGCUGCAUCACAAUGUGAAGCACAGCUAAAUACAGAAUUAUGUCACAUCAUGCCUCAAGCGGGAUGCAUUCUUUGAGUGCACCUCUUCAAAACCUGAAGGAUGUCCAAAGAGGCCUGUGCAGGUCCGUCUCCAUCAGUGGAAACGGCCAAGACACCAGACCUUUCACAUCAUCAGCCACCAGCUGAGCUUCCAAG